ACUAUUUAUUUGUCUUCAACAGAAUUUUUCUGGCCAUGCCUGUCACAAGGGCAACCUCGUCCCACAUCGUUGAUGGUAAUCAUGAGCCUAGCCAGGAUGAUGGGUGGGAGGUUCAACAGCCGCGCCCAUCAACAGAUGUUUUUCAUGACAUCUUGCAAGGAAUCAUUGAUCCCAACCUUGCAUCCCUAGUUCAAGUUAUUCAGUAUGAUGGAAGAAAAGGCAGCGCUAUGGAGCACGUUAGCAAAUUCCUUGAUGCCAUAAGGGCUCACGCCAGUGAUAGAGAUUUGUGUCUACGUGAGUUCUCAAAGUCUCUCUCCGAUAAAGCUUAUACAUGUGAAAAGCACAUCACCAUCCUUGAUCUUCACAACACCCGUCAAUACACUUGGGAAGAUUUAAUGGCCUAUGUGAAGAGAUUUAGGGAUUUGGCACUUGACUGCUAUGGUGGCCAUGAUGAGUCCUUCUUGGUGGAAAUCUGCAUUAACAACAUGUUUCCAAUAUUUCGCGCUAUCCUCAAAAACAUCGGGAUCAACCAGUUUGGAAGGCUACUUGAUGCCGUCAAGAGAACAGCCAUUUCUGUCAAAGUCAUCUCUAUAGGAAAAUCUGCAACAAAGUUGAUAGAAAAGAAAACCGCUGUUCACACCUUGGCUGUCUUUGCCAGGGGCCAAGGACAAGGUGGAUUGUUGACGGUGCCAUCACACUACCUCAGGCGCAUUGCGAACCCAACGAUGAUGACAAGUGCAACCCCAAGUCUCAGAAGGGUUGUUAGAAGUACUGAAGGAAGACAGAGGGUGGACGAAGACCUUCUCCCAUGCCACAACCAAGGUGCCGUCAAUGUUCUCACUUAUGUAGAAAGCAUUGGAGUGAAUGAGCCAAUAGUUGAAUUCCCUGACAACAUGCCCAGCUUCUUUGUCCAGGCCAUACUCUUCAUCGCCAAUGAAGCUGAAAAAGAAUGCCUCAACAUUGAAGCACAUGCUAGCUACGUUUAUCUUGAAUCUUCCAAUGUUGUUACAUUCAUUGAUGAAGAUAUGAAGGUGCCAUAUCCUGACCAUAGAAAACCUCUUUACUUAUUUGCUUUGAUCAACUCUAUUGGUGUCAAGCGUGCACUGGUCAAUACAAGAUCUUCUCUCAACCUGGUACUGUUGAGCACCAUCAUCGCUGUAGGGAUCCCCCAACGAAGAAUCGUCAAGUCUCCACUCAGCAUUGUUGGCUUCAGCAGCAGUACCAUGCACGAGAUGGUCCCUAUCGCCAGUAGUGUUGCCAUGUCUUUGGAUCAUCUAUUCUUCACUUUGGAGAGAGAUACUUUGAUUGGUGAACAAGGCCUCUCCAACAAAGCAGAAUGCCUUGCCCUUGAGGCUGGGAACGAGAUACUUGAUGAGCAUUUAGAUUUUUCUAGCGAAACUAAUCAUUUAAUACUGCCAGACAAGCUACCAACUCUUCAUGAAGCUCAACCAGCACUCACCUCUUUAGAGCCCCUCGAAGCUGUUGAUCUUGAAGAUGAUCCAGCGAAUCCUAGGCAUGUACAUAUUAGCACUACUCUUUCUACAAGGCUUGAUCCAACUUUGGUGGCACAUUCUUUGAAUGUCAAUCCCAAUAUGAAGCCAAUCAUGCAGCCAAAUCGUGCCUUCCAUCCAGAGGUUACUCUACAAAUUAAAGAGGAGGUUGAGAAGUUUUUGGCUGCAAGAUUCAUCAAGCCAACAAAGAAGUCAACUUGGCUGGCCAAUAUUGUACCAGUUCGAAAGAAGAAUGGGCACAUUAGGUGCUGUGUUGACUUCCACGACCUUAAUAAGGCCUGCUCCAAAGACGAAUUCUUUGUCCCGAACAUGGAUGUACUGAUCGACAACAUCAUUGGUUGUGAGAUGUACUCUUUCAUGGAUGGCAACAGAUUCCUCGUGAGUAAACACAAUAUCAGUGUGGAUCUGGCCAAAUCUGAAGCUAUCCGAGCCAUGCAACCACCUAAGAACCUCAAGCAGCUACGAAGCUUCAUUGGUAAAGUUUUGUAUCUUUGCAGAUUCAUCCCAUCGUUGGCAGAAAUACUAUCCGCAUUUAGCCCUUUGCUGAAGAAAGGAGCUGCUUUCGUGUGGACGACGAAACAGCAAAAUGCCUUCUUGCAUCUACAGGAUCUCAUGCUUAUAUUGUUGGUCAUAUCUAUCCCCAUUCAAGGUAGACCAUUUAAAGUCUAUUUGUCCACUUCUAACAAAGCUAUGAGUGCAUUGGUUGCCCAAGACGACCAAGGAGGCAAGGAACAAUUGGUUUAUUAUGUCAAUCGAAACCUCAAGGGCACCGAAUCAAGGUACCCUUUCAUUGAGAAAAUCUGCCUUGCAUUAAUUUACGGGCAAGCUGUUGUAGAUCUGCUAUCUGAAUUUUUUGGCGAAGUCCAAUAUCCUAUUUCCAACGAAGUCCCAGGUGGUGAGGUUGCUACUGCACACGAAAUCGAUGAAGAAUGGACAUUAUAUUUCAAUGGUUCUUCCAUGGCUGAAGAGGCUGGGGCUAGGGCUGAGUACAAAGCUUAUCUUAUUAGGCUUGCUAUGGCUAAAGAAGCUAGUGUCCAACACUUGGCGCAGUCCUUUGCCAACAUAAGAUAUGAGCAGAUACCAUGGAUGGAGAACCAAUUGGCUGAUGCCUUGGCCACAAUUGCUUCGCGGGUACCUAUGGCCGAGAGGCCCUUCAGUAUCCAGAUUGUUCGAAGAGUGCGACCUAUCCAUCACAAUUGUGAAUCUGUUUUGCUAGAUCUCAUGGUAUUGUGGAUCCAUCACAAGGGGUAACUACUAGAUCUCAUGCUUAUAAAACUUGUGCUUUUAUUGCUUUUCUAUCACAAAUUAAACCAAAGAAUCUUGAUGAUAGUUUAAAUGAUCCUAAUUGGGUGAUGGCUAUGCAAGAGGAAUUAGCUCAAUUUGAAAGAAAUAAAGUUUGGAAUCUUGU